GCUCUCGGAGCUCUUCACUCUCUCCUCUGGACCUGAAGCAGAUAGACGGCAUCCUUUACCUUCAUCACCUUCAUCACCUUCGUCACCUUCGUCACCUUCAUCACCUUCAUCACCACUCACAAUGUUCCAACAGAGUCGUAGCUCCAUGAGUAGUAGUGGUGGAAGCAUAAGGAGAAGUGGAGGUUCCAGUAUGUCCAUGUACGGUGGCCCUGGAUUAGUCAAAAUGUCAGGUGGAUCCUCUUUGUAUGGCAGCGGCGGCGGCGGCGGCGGCGGCGGAGGUGGAAGCAGUUUAUCUAGCUAUAGCUUCAACUACAGUGGUGGAGGAGGUGGUGGUGGAGGAGGAGCUGGUGGGUAUGGCUUUGGUGCUGGUGGCGGCGGCGGCGGCGGCGGCGGCGGCGUGGACAUCUCCGCCAACGAGAAGGCUACCAUGCAAAACCUGAAUGACCGCCUGGCCACCUACCUGGAGAAGGUCCGCAAGCUGGAGACGGCCAACGGCGAGCUGGAGCUGAAGAUCCAGCAGUUCCUGGUGAGCAAGGUCGGCCCCAGCUCCCGAGACUACAGCGCCUACUUCGUCACCAUCGCAGAGCUGCAGGGAAAGAUCCAGGACGCUACCAAAAUCAACGGUGGCAUCUACCUCUCCAUUGACAACGCCAAGCUGGCUGCCGACGACUUCCGGGUCAAGUAUGAGAACGAGCUGGCCAUGCGUCAGUCGGUGGAGGCCGACAUCGCCGGUCUGAGGAGAGUUCUGGAUGAACUGACUCUGAGCCGGACCGACCUGGAGAUGCAGAUCGAGGGUCUGAAGGAGGAGCUGAUCUUCCUCAAGAAGAACCACGAGGAGGAGCUGCUGUCGAUGCGAGAUCAGAUGAGCGGCCAGGUCAACGUGGAGGUGGACGCCGCUCCGGGACCGGACCUCGCCAAGAUGAUGGAAGAAAUCAGGGAGCACUACGAACAAAUUGCAGCCAAAAACCGCAAAGAUUUGGAGUGCUGGUUCCAGACAAAGUCAGAAACACUGAACAAAGAGGUCACCGUCAGUACGGAAACUCUACAGACGUCCAAAUCAGAGAUCACGGAGAUCAAGCGAACCCUGCAGAGCCUGGAGAUCGAGCUGCAGUCACAGCUCAGCAUGAAAGCGUCGCUGGAAACCACCCUGGCUGAGACUCAGGGCCGCUACGGCAUGCAGCUCAACGGGUUCCAGAUGCAGGUGACCGGUAUGGAGGAGCAGCUGGUCAUGCUGAGGGCCGACCUGGAGAGACAGGGACAGGAGUACCAGAUGCUGCUUGACAUCAAGACCAGGCUGGAGAUGGAGAUCGCCGAGUACCGGAGGCUGCUGGACGGAGAGGGAUGUGGCAGCGGCGCCUCCUCCUCCACCGGCCUCUCCUCCUCCUCCACCAGCACCACCAGCACCACCAAAGUCAUCACGAUCGUGGAGGAGAUAGUGGAUGGAAAGGUGGUGAGCUCCAUCAGCUCAUAGUGCGCAUAACAAUAAACAGAAAUCAACUGCUGAGCUCCUUCACAAUAAAACGUGUCUUCUGUUCAAACUAAA